UGAAGUGCAUGCUCCGGGCCUCCAGCCUUUUGCUUCUCCUGGUGUUAUGCACUUUUCGCUGCUGUAGAAGCAUCAAACUGGUCGCCAAGAAACUCCAGGUGCACCGCGUCAGACUGCACGACUCUCUGGUGAUGCCUUGCGCGGCCAAGGAAGGCGUAAUGGUUAGACGGGCUCGCUGGAGUGACCAGGCUGGCGGCACGGCGUGGCUCAACCAGGCGCUACUGUCAGAAAGCACGGGUCGCCUCCGGUUUCCCAAGGUCACGGCCGUGCUGAGCGGCCACUACGAGUGCUCGGGAUACGUCCGGCUGCCACGCCGCGAGGUGUUCAUCAUAGUUCAUCACGAGAUCCAAGUGUUCGAGAGCGACAAGAACGGAACCGGAUGUCGCGUGGGAUACGUCGUGAACGACCGGCGCUGCUACGUCUGCCGGCCCGGGUCCUUCAGCCCUGGCGGCGAGUUCCGCAACUGCAUCCCAUGCGACUUCGGCUCCUACACUGAGCAGCAUGGGUCUCCCUUCUGUCUCUGGUGUCCACCGGGCAAGUCCACCUAUACGCAGGGAAGCACCUCGCCCAAUGAUUGUGAAGUUUCCUGGGUGAUCUAUACUUUCCUGUUUGGAAUAACGACCCUGACAUCGGUGGUCCUAUUUGUAUGGGUGUCACAAGCCUGGUCAUCCGAACGGAGGGUUAGGACCAUCAUCAUGGAGGACAAGCUCUCACGGUGCUUUCAGCCCAAGGUUCUUCCGCCAUCUCGUAGCAGAGCUUCGGGCCGACCUGUGAUGACACACGGUUCUCGAAAGUCGGCGUCGUUGCAAGAAGAGCAGCAGCCGCUCUUGGCGGCCACGACAAGUGCUUCGCGGCAAGCUGUAGGCACUCAGACCGACGACCACUUCCACGUAGACUCUGCGCACCGCGGGGUCCAGACGGAGUCCUGUGAGCCAAAGCCUCCAGCAGCGUCGUCUGCAUUCCUCGAGGAGCGCGUCGUGGCCCCCUCGAAGGCCAAGGAUGCAGCACCAUGUGAUCAAGAGACCAUGUUCAAGGAGCUCCUAGCCAGGACUGCACGGAACUCGAGGCGGCUCGACAGACGCAAGAACACCCCGCAGCCAAGGCACUUCGGUCUCAUGAAGCCGAACGCUGUGGGCGGCAGCCAUGGCCCGAUGCAGAAGCCACCACUCGCCGCUCGUAGACCAUCUGAAGAAUUCUCACCUUGGUGCUCCCAAAACCGAUCAGCGCAGCGCAAAGCCCGAAAAAUAGGAGCCCCAGCCCCUGUCACGUCGCCACCGGCUAAAACACCUGCGAACCUAUGCGGGAGGCCGAACCGUCGAAGCGCCGAAUGCGAAUUCGAGAAUAAUGCCCGUUACGAAGUGCCAGCAUGGAAUUCGUCACCGGAGGACUACCGCAGAACCUCGCACAGCGCUCGGAUCCUCGACGACGUACCUAGUGACGUCCGCAGGAUCUACGAAGCCGCCGACAGUGGCGCUUCCGACGGGUCGGUCCCGCUAUACGGCAGGUUUGCUCCCGCGAGUCCGCAGCGCUCGGCCUGGCCCUCGCCGCUUGGCCGGGAAGACAGGCACGACCAACUCAGUUCCGCCGUUCCUCCGCCGCCCCGCCGCUACCAGGCGGCGCGCGGGUGCAGACAUUCUGAGGGACAGUUUGUGAACCAAGCGUCGCACGGCGAGGAAUAUUUCAUUCCUCCCCGCGGCGCCUAUUCAUCACCGGGCACUCGAAACAGGCCCGGAGCCACUAACAUGUUCAGGCGUUUCGACUCGACCAUGGCCUGGGUCACGGACGAGUACUCCAAGCACAAGCAACAGGGCCCCGGAUAUUACGGCUCGCCGAACGCUUGACAUAUAUUACGGAUGCAUAUCGCUCACAUACUUUACUAUCAGCAACAUCGAUGUCCUUUUCUC